GUUCCUGGUCGCACAUACCCAGUUCUUUAGCUAUGAAGUCUGCGGUAUAUUGCUGCCUUUUGUUGUUCCUCGCCUCUGAAGUUACAGCUUUCUACAAUGUAGCACGCGGAAAGAGCUUCACUGCCUACAAAUACAAUGAACAAGGUGCUAGACAAAUUUACACGUGGAGGAUAAAUGAUGGAAAAAAGGAUACAUGUCAUACUUUUAAAGGGAGAAACUUUAGAUUCACGACCGAUCUUGGAAAGACUUGCAACAUACGGUCUUCAGUGAUAACAUUUAAAGGAAAUAUUUCGGGGAUGGCAACAUUCCGUUAUAGCGACGACUCAAACACUUGGCCAUUUAGUGUUUACGAAACAUACGUCUCGAACAUUACUCAAAAAGUAGAAUUUCAUCUUCAACGGACUGGACGCCGAGUCGACCUUUCUUUCUGGACCACUAACGACUUUGAAUUUGAGUUGUGCGAAAUAGAAAUAUAUGGUUGUGAGUCAGAUUAUUUUGGAUGUGACUGUCAGCCAUGUAUCAAGGACGACAACUGUAAAGUAUGUGACGUAAACAACGGAGAAUGCUACGUCUGCAACACUGGUUACAAGGGGCCUAACUGUAGCACAAGUACAGGUACCGAUGAUAAAGUUCAGAUGACAGACACACACCUGUAUUACAACGAUGGAAAUUUUGAUGUUCACCUGCCUUCCUAUCUACUGGUAGAUGGAGACACCACACAGCCAAGCUGUAUCGAUCUCAGAUCUUGCCUAAAUAGAGCAUGUGCUAUGAGAUUAGAGGUCAUGAAUACGCCUAACGUCAAAGAUGUGCAGCUUUAUUUUGAUUACAAAGAUGCUGCUGAUAUUCGAGUCGAUUUUACGAUGAUUUCAAAUUCAAAUCGGUACCAAUCUCGGGUGCCGUUCUAUCAAACUGGAGUAGAGAAGAUAUCCCCGAAUAUCUCAGAAGUAAAAAUGUCAUUUCCAUAUCCUGUAAACUCCAUCAAUAUUACUUUCAAGCUUUCAGUUGACGAACUCGAAGAAAUGGGCAAUACCUCAGUUUUGCUAUGUGAACUGAAAGUUAAUGGAUGUCCUCGUAAUCAUUAUGGUAGCCCAUGCACACCAUGCUAUGUGAAUUGCGCGGAGUGUCAUUCUUUUGACGGGUCCUGUUUUUCAUGUUAUGCUGGAUACAUGGGCUGGAACUGCCGACAAGCUUGUUUCACUGGCACGUAUGGACCUAACUGUGCAAUGAUAUGUAGCGAUCAUUGUUUAACACCUCACGUGUGUGAUCAUGUGAUCGGGACUUGUCAUGGAGGAUGCACCGCCGGAUGGAUGAAUAAUGAAUGCAAUCAACCUUGUUACAAUGGUUGGUAUGGACAGAACUGUGGAAUGAGAUGUAGCAGACACUGUAUGACAUCUUACCAGUGUGAUCACGUUACCGGAACUUGUCAUGGAGGAUGCGCCGCCGGAUGGACAAAUGAUACAUGCAAUUCUGUUUGCAUCAGCGGCUCUUAUGGACCGAACUGUGAAAGGACAUGUAGUAGUCACUGUGUAACACCCCACUUGUGUGAUCACGUGACCGGAUAUUGUACCGGAGGAUGCGCCGCCGGGUGGAAAAGUCAUGCAUGCGAUUCUGCGUGUAGCAGUGGCUGGUAUGGAGAGAAAUGUGCAAUGAGAUGCAGUAGUCACUGUUUAACACCCCACUUAUGUGAUCACGUGAACGGAACCUGUCUUGAAGGAUGCGCCAUAGGAUGGAUAAAUGAUACUUGCGAUUCGUUAGACACGGAAUACUGCGUUGACUGGGUGCCACCGGAUGUGUCCGUAAACUAUCAUAAUAUAACAUGGAGAGAAGAGGAUGUCGGGUUUGUGGUCAGAUACGAUCCUGCUGUUACCCUUGUAUGCAACUUCAGCGUGAAGUCCGACGAAGAUUUGUUAUAUGACGUCACUUGGUUCAUUGAUGGACUGGAAGUAUUUAAUCAGACUGUGGACUCGUCCAGCAACUACACUGCUGUGAUAACGGCGCAUGACUUCCUGACAGCUCGAAAGAAAAUGGGAUCAAAUGUACAUUGUAAAGUUGGAGCAAAGCGCAGGGAAGAGAAUGUUGCGUGUCUCAUCAAAGUGGCGGAUCCAUUUUUUGCCGGAAUAAAGAUAACGAACACUAAUGUUGAGCUUGAAAGGAAGGGAUCUAGUAAUGUCGAGCUAGAGAUGACGAUCCCGUUCGCCUCUGAAUCUCUUUAUAUCAACGGUGUUUCACAACCAGUUAGCGACCUGAAUAUAGAAAUGACUUUCAAAACGGACGAUUCGUCUAAAUGUGGUGGGGGAGGAUCGUCAAACCAGUGUGAGGUCAAAGUGAAAGGGUACAGCUACAGCGACAGACAUAAAUAUCAGAAUGAUGAAUGGAGGCAGAAUAUAUCAUUUCCGGUGUACAGCCAGGAUACUGACGCUUACGUCAUCAAUAGUCACAUGACUCUAGCACUAAAGACGGGAGGAACUAACGGAGUCGGAAGUGAAAUAUUUCAACACGUUCCUCUCCCUGAUAUAUCGAUCCGUGUUCGAGAAACAAACAAUGUAUGGAAAGGAAGGUCCUGUGGUGUUAGAACUGAUCCCCACAUGUAUACAUUUGAUGGAAAACGGUAUGAAUGCCAGAUUCCAGGUCAAUUCAUCAACUACAGAAAUCAGCGUCAAUUACAAUGGAUUCAGUCCAAACAUCACCCAUGUUUCCCGUCAAGAACCGGUCCCUGGUGCGUCUGCGCAGUCGCGGCAAGAGCCGGCAGAGAUGUGUUUGUCAUCGAUCUGUGUGGAGGAAAUGACGUCAUCAACUUUGAAUUCUGUGAGGACAACGUUCUAAAAGUGACUAAAGUCAAUGAUAAACACUACAAGGUAUACUUCCCCUCUGGUACAACUCUGUCAAUAUAUAUAUUGGAUUGGAGAGGGUAUUACAAUAUCGACCUAGAAAUUCUCCCGUCUGCCCCGGAUGUUGGAAAUGCUGAGGGUUUGUGUGGAUAUUUUGACGGAGAAGUGAACAAUGACUUCAGAAGAAGAAACAGCACCUUCUCUGACAGCAUACGAUUAAGAUAUCCCAAUGAUUUCUCAAGAUCGUGGAGGAUACAGGACAGCGAGAACCUCUUCACAGGGGACAGUUCGGUCUUCAGGAGUUUGAAGUCUGUAUCUACCAUUCUGGUCCCUCAUUGUACAUGUACCGACGACGGUAAAACCGAGUGUUCUUACAGUACAUUUACACCAUGUAGCUCCAACCGAGGAAAACAGUACACAUGUAACAGUCAACUCUUGAAAAACAGGAGGCGGAAAAGGGACGUUUCAGGAGCGGAUCCUUCAGAGACAAGAGACAUAACCUUCGUUAAAACGACGGAGUACGCAGAAUCGGUGUGUCUGCAGGCUUUCCAGGAAUCGGUAGAGUACAAAUUAUGUCAGCAGCACGUAACAGACCUCAGCAAUGUCACCAUCUCCAAUUGUAUUGAAGAUAUCAAGAUGACAGGCGAUGAUAACCUUACCCAGAUCCACGUGGAGGCCGUUCUCCAGCAGUGUUCAGCGUUCGUUCUUCUUAACGCAACGCUUCAGGAAGCCGAACCCGAGGUCACCCACACCAUAGAAAACCUCUGUCCCAACAACUGCAGCAGUCUCGGGAUUUGUGAAGGCGGAAACUGCACGUGUUACAGUGGGUACGGCGGAAGUGACUGUUCAUUCGAUUUGCUGAGACCCCCCACAAUAACAGACGUACCCCGCCUCUGUGAUCUGUCCACUGCAUCCUGUAGUGAGGCCACUAUCAUUGGAAAAUAUUUCUUUGAGAACAUGAACUCCAACUGUUACCUUAGUGUGAAUCAGGUUGAUGUAAACCAAGCAACGGUACAAGAAGAACAAAUGCAGCUUCAUCUGGAGGAGAGGACGUUGUUUGAAGGCUACUGUCCCCUUCAUAUCAACACUUCUGGUACCUGGACCACCGAGAUCAAAUUCAACAUCUCUAACGACGGAGUUCGCUUCACAGACACGUACAACGUCUUCAUUUACCAGUCCAAAUGUCAGGAGUACCAUAGUGAGUCUGGAAAGGUGUUUUUUACCUUAAAGAAUGACUUUUGCUUUAUCGACAGCGCAUGCGUUAGUCCGAUGGAAAGUAGACCCAAAAACGAGUGUUUAAUCUGUAACGCUAAAGCAGAUAGAUACCAAUGGACAGUAGAUGAAUAUUGUGGAUACACUACGUUUGAGCAAUCAACUAUAGCGACAAAGGAAAAAGACUUGCAGUCCUCAGAUGUCCCUUUUAUUGUCGCAGCCUCCGUCUCUUUCACUGGACUUGUGGCUGUCUUGCUUCUUGUAGUGGCGGUUGUCAGAUCUUGUAGAAAAUCGAAUAAAGAAUCACGGUUACGACAGGAACAAGUUUGGGAGGCCAGACGAUGGUGGUGGGGCGUGAGAUGGUGACCGCGUGUCAGUGGGG